CCUCGUUCCACUCCCAUUCUACACUUCAAUUCCAGUCGAACAACAUCCGCCCAAGAGAUACCGGGUUUACUAUUCGCUGAGCGGGCGAAUUUGAGUCACAAUGCCUCCCAAAGCCGCCAAAGGCGAAUACAUCGAGACAGACACAGGAAACAAAAUCUCCCGCCGAUCUCAUAUCCACGGAACUCAACACAUCAUCCUAGGCGGCAAAACCGUCAUCCAAGCUGAAGCCGUCAUCCGCGGUGACCUGUACCGGUACUCCGCCCCGAGCUCAACACACGACGGUAGCAGCGACGCACCGGCAGCGCCGCCCGCCGGGACGCCCUCUGUCGCGAUCACGGUGGGGCGGUAUAGUUAUAUAUCGAAGCAGGCGAUCUUACGGCCUCCGUCGCGGUUGCAUCGGGGGGUGCACUCGUUUUAUCCGCUGAAGAUCGGGGAUCAUGUUUUUGUCGGGGAGAGGGCGGUGGUGGAGGCGGCGACGGUGGGGAACCAUGUGCAUGUUGGGAAGGAGGCGGUGAUUGGGAGUAUGGCGAUUCUGAAGGAUUUUGCGUAUGUGUUGGAUGGGGCGGUGGUGCCGCCGGGGAUGGUGGUGCCUAGUUGGUGUGUGGUGGGUGGUGCACCGGCGAGGAUUGUCGGAGAGGUUGGAGAAGGGUAUGGGGUUGAAGGGGCUGAAGGGGGGAUGGCGAGAGAGAGAUAUCGGCUGGUUGGGAGGUGAAAAUUACUGUGUAUUAUUGUUUGGGUCUUUGUUUUCUUUUGCUUGCGGUCUUAUUAUUAUACCCCAAUUUGUGCGUUUAUGUACAUGACUGACAUAUAAUGAUUUGAAAAAAAGAAAAAAAAGUGUGUAUAUCAUAUCAUAUAAUGUACUAUCACUACUCCAACGGCACUGGUUGUGUAUAUCCACAUCAAAUUUAAUAUAGGUAUGCCUUGCACUU